AUGCACUGGUCACCAGAGCAUGCCCAGUCCCUGAACCAGUGGCCGGAGCAGCACCUCGAUGUCUCCUCCACCACCUCCUCACCGGCCCACAAGUCCGACCUCUACCCCAGCACCCGCCAGCGCUUCAACUACGCCUGGGCCAACGACGACAUCUCCGCACUCACUGCCUCCAACCUCCUCAAGAGGUACGCCGAGAAGUACUCGGGGGUGCUGGACGCGCCCUACGAGCGCCCGGCGCUGAGUGGCUACGGGGAUGGAGCCUUCGGGCCGGUUAACGGGCAGAAGGGGGAUGGGGAGCCCUGGCCAGUGGCCCACGGCUCCGAUGGCGCCUACCCCCUGGCCCCCAUCCACGAUGGCCUCCCUGCGUUCCCGCUGCGGCUGCCCCCCAAAGCGCCAGUGUUUAGCAGCCCACCGGUGGAGGAGCAACCCAAGAACGUCGACCCCCUGGUCUUGGAGCUGGUGAACACCAAGAUUGUGGACCGGGGACCGCCCGUGCAGUGGACAGACAUUGCUGGGCAGGUGUCCGUGAAGGCCACCAUUGAGGAGGAGCUGGUGUGGCCCAUCCUGCGUCCCGGUGCCUACACCGGGGCGAGCCGGCCGCCCCGAACCAUCCUGCUGUUCGGUCCCCACGGCACGGGGAAGACCCUGCUGAGCCGGUGCAUCUCCACUCAGCUGGGCUCCACCUUGCUGAAGCUCAGUGGGACAACCCUGCUCUCCACCUGGAAAGCUGAAGCCGAGAAGAUCCUGCAGACCGUCUUCUUCGUGGCCAGCUGCCGGCAGCCUGCGGUGGUGCUCAUCACUGAGGCUGAGUCCUUGCUGGAGGCCCGGGCUGGCGAGGACGGAAGCCAGGUGAGCAACCUCAAAUCCCAGCUCCUCUCCUACCUGGACAACGUGGCUACCUCAUCCGACCAGAACGUGGUCAUCAUCGGGACCACCUCCCGGCCUGGCAGCAUGGACGAAGCUUCUCACCGGCGCUUCGCCAAGCGGUUCUACGUCGCCCCGCCAGACAGCAUCGCCCGGCGGCAGAUUCUGCAUCACGCCCUGGCUCAGCAGAGCUCUUGCCUGAGCGAGCGGGAGAUGGCGUCCCUGGUGCAGCACACAGAGAGCUUCUCAGGCAGCGAGCUGGUCCAGCUCUGUCAGCACGCCGGGGCCACCACGCUGCAUGGUUUGCCAGGCCAGAUCCAGCCCACCUCCUACCAGGACUUUGAGAAGGCCUUCUGCAAAGUCCGCCCUGCUGCCUCGCAGAAGGAGCUGGACUUGUUCCUGGAGUGGGAUAAAAUGUACGGCACCAGGCACUGA